GACGGAGGGUUGACUCACAAACUGGGGAAGGAGGGAGGAAGAGGUUGUUAUUAUCCGUUGGCGUCAACGUGGCUGUAAAUGUGUUGGAAAUUGGGCGGGAGGUCCACCUGGCGAGAAUGCGGACCCACGUGUCGCUUAUCCGUUAGGUUUUGUUCGUUGGAGGGGAAGAAGAUGGGUUACAGAGGGAGAGAGAGAGAGAGAGAAGAGAAUCAGAUCAGAUACACAAGGAAAUCGUCGGCGAGUGAAAUAAAAGAAGAAAAUAGCGAGGUGCUUUAAGUGACAGCACAUGAGCGGCACGCCGGGGCCGUCUUUUUUGGGUUAUAAAUUAUCCUUAAGAGACGGUUUCGCCUUCUCGUCAGUGUCUAGUCGUUUGAAUCUUCACGUGUUUUCUCUGUUCAUUUCUUAUCUUCUUGUUCCUCUGCAAAUAUUAUCCUGCUUCCUUGAUUUGGGUUUUCCGGGACCUGAGACCGGUGGUUGUUGGAGAUAUCAAUCAGUGUUCUGAGGUAGUCUUAUUUGUUAAUUGAGAAAGAGAGCAACAGAGAGGAAAGAAAGAAGUAUGGAAGGUAGGAAGCAAGUGGGCUCUUCUUCUUUCCCUUCCGACCUUUUCGGUGUCAAGGACUCCUCUUCCUCUUCGUCGGGAAUCUUUGGGUCUGUUUUUCCGUCGACUUCGACGGCCAUAGGCAGGGAUAUUUCUCACUCUGAGCUAAUUGGGUCAUUGAGAAACCAGGACAAGGCUAAUCCCGUCUGCAACACUAAACAGGGAGUUGCAGAGAAAAAAGCUCAAUACAGCGAAGGGAACAACCAUGGCACAGUAGAACCAUGCUUUCUCAGCUCGUCUCUUUACUAUGGUGGCCAGGAUGUUUAUUCUCAAUCUCCAAACAUCCGAAGCUCUGGGUCAUACCCUAUCUUCAAGAAAGAUGGAGGAGAAGAUGAUCCAAAUGGAAGCAGCUUGAACAGUGCCUCUAGGGGAAAUUGGUGGCAAGGAUCACUCUAUUAUUAAAGCCUUGUCUGCCAGAGUAUAUUCAUUCUCCGUUUAUAAAUAAGGAACUAAUGAAGUCUGAGAAGCUGUUUAAGAUCUUCUCUUCGUUAAUAUAGAAGAAUAUGUGUCAUAAAUAUCUAUAGUUGGCCCAGCGUGGGAGUAGAUUCCUGAUGUGUUUGUUUCUGCUUCUCCAAGUGAAAGGUGGAGCGCAGAACCUUUUAUAGGUAUAAUUUUGUUUUAUAGUAGGUUUUAGUCGAGAAAGAUGUUAACUGUUAAGGAGUGAUAUGCAACAUUAACAUUUGCUACUGCUUUCUGGCUGCACAUCUCUGGAAUAGGAAUUUAGUCUUCUGACCCAAUAUUCUAUAUGUGGUUAGUCAAUGUUGCUUGGCUUUCAGCACCAAGUUGUAGCUAUGAAUAUAUAUGUUGUGGGCCUGUUUUCUUUUUACAUCCAAAGUUGAAAAAAGAGACAAUAUGAUAGUUGCAAAUUCGACUGUUAGUCUCCA